UCGGCGGCGUCGAAGAUAAACAAUAGUUGGCCGGCGAGCGCCGAGAGUGCCUCCCGCCGCCGGAUUCGGCGGGCUGCGUGGGACCGGCGGGAUCCCAGCCAGCCGGCCAUGGCGGGGCUGUACUCGCUGGGAGUGAGCGUCUUCUCGGACCAGGGCGGGAGGAAGUACAUGGAGGACGUUACUCAGAUCGUGGUGGAGCCCGAGCCGACGACGGCUGAGGAGACUCGCUCGCCGCGGCGCUCGCUCUCGCAGCCGGCGGCUCCGCGGCAGUCACCGCCCGCCCUUCCUGGGAAAGGCCCAGCGGUGGCAGCCCGAGAAGCCCGCGACGCUGCCGCGGACGCCGGGGCCUCGCCGGCUGCCGGCCGCUGCUGCCGCCGCCGCUCCUCGGUGGCCUUCUUCGCGGUGUGCGACGGCCACGGCGGGCGGGAAGCGGCACAGUUCGCCCGGGAGCACUUGUGGGGUUUCAUCAAGAAGCAGAAGGGCUUCACCUCGUCCGAGCCGGCGAAGGUGUGCGCUGCCAUCCGCAAAGGCUUCCUGGCGUGUCACCUCGCCAUGUGGAAGAAACUGGCAGAAUGGCCAAAGACUAUGACAGGUCUUCCCAGCACAUCAGGGACAACUGCCAGUGUGGUCAUCAUACGGGGCAUGAAGAUAUAUGUAGCUCACGUAGGGGACUCAGGGGUGGUUCUUGGAAUUCAGGAUGACCCGAAGGAUGAUUUUGUCAGAGCUGUGGAGGUGACACAGGACCACAAGCCAGAACUUCCCAAGGAAAGAGAGCGAAUCGAAGGACUUGGUGGGAGUGUAAUGAACAAGUCUGGAGUGAAUCGUGUAGUUUGGAAACGACCUCGGCUUACUCACAACGGACCUGUUAGAAGGAGCACAGUUAUUGACCAGAUUCCUUUUCUGGCAGUAGCAAGAGCACUUGGUGAUUUGUGGAGCUAUGAUUUCUUCACUGGUGAGUUCGUGGUGUCACCUGAACCAGACACAAGUGUCCAUACUCUUGACCCCCAGAAGCACAAGUAUAUUAUCUUGGGGAGUGAUGGACUUUGGAAUAUGAUUCCACCACAAGAUGCCAUCUCAAUGUGCCAGGACCAAGAAGAUAAAAAAUACUUGAUGGGUGAGCAUGGACAAUCUUGUGCCAAAAUGCUUGUGAAUCGAGCACUAGGCCGCUGGAGGCAGCGAAUGCUCCGAGCAGAUAACACCAGUGCCAUUGUAAUCUGCAUCUCUCCAGGAGUGGACAAUCAGGGAAACUUCACCAACGAAGACGAACUCUAUCUGAACCUGACUGAUAGCCCUUCCUAUAAUAGUCAAGAAACCUGUGUGAUGACUCCUUCCCCAUGUUCUACAUCACCAGUCAAGUCACUGGAGGAGGAUCCAUGGCCAAGGCUGAAUUCUAAAGACCAUUUACCUACUCUUGUUCGUAGUAAUGCCUUCUCAGAGAAGUUUUUAGAGGUCCCAGCUGAGAUAGCUCGAGGGAGUGUCCAGGCCAUGGUCAGAUCGUCGAAAGAUCCAGAGCCAUUUGAAGAAAAUUGCACUAAAGGCCUGACUGUAAGGACACACGAUUCUUUGAAUAAUAACUUGUCUGUUGGCCUCGUGCCUACCAAUUCAUCAAACACCAUCUUGGACCAGAAAAAUGUCAAGAUAGCAACUCCUGGUCAGAUGAAAGCCCAAGAAGUUGAAAGAACCCCUCCAGCAAACUUUAAAAGGACUUUAGAAGAAUCCAACUCUGGCCCCCUUAUGAAGAAGCACAGACGAAAUGGCUUAAGUCGAAGCAGUGGUGCUCAGCCUGCAAACCUCCCCACAACUUCACAACGGAAGAACUCUGUUAAACUUACCAUGCGACGCAGACUUAGGGGCCAGAAGAAAAUUGGAAAUCCUUUACUGCAUCAGCACAGGAAAACUGUUUGCGUUUGCUGAAAUGUUAUCUGGGAAAUGGGGUUUUUCCAAACUUAGGAUGUAAUAGGGCUUUUAAGUUUGGUGCCGAACUUGAACUUUUUUUAAAGGGACAAAAUAAAAAGUAUACAGUUUGACAUUUUGGAAUUCAACAGUUUUAUCCUGGCCUUGUACUUAUUUGUAUUAUAAAUGUGAAUUUUGUAGAUGUUAGGGAAUAAGUUGCUGUAAAAUGUGUGUAAAUUUGUAUUCUUCACACAAACUCAGUUUCUUCCUCCAAUACAUAGUAAUUGUGACAACAGGGCUAAAUGUUUUAAAAAAAAUCAGAAGAGUCUAUUAGAUUUUAGAAUUGCAUUUAAUCUUUUUUAAAAUGCUUAUUAAAAAUUUGUAUAAGCCACUUGUGAUGAAACCUACACAACUUUUUAAGGUAAAUUAUUAAGCAGAUGGGAAAAGUGAUGUAUUUUCAUAGUGACUUGUGUUCCACUGACUGUUUCCUAGAGACUACUAGUGUCUUUUAAAAGUUAUUUUUUAUUUCUAAUUUCCUAAUUCAGAACUAAAUUUUUCCUAGAAGUGUUGAGCCAUGCUAAUAUAGCUGGAUGGUAAUCUCCUUGUCCCAAUUAAAGUACUAUGCAGUAUCUUUCUUAGUAGCAUUUUUCUAAAACAUUAAUCAGAUAUAUUCACUAAUCUUUGGCAUAGAAGGAGGUAUGUUUGCCUGAAACAGUGCCCUUCUUAAUUUUCCCAGGCCAGUGGCAUUAUUCAGUCUUAAAGUAGUUACCCAUUCUAGUGUUUGCUUAAAAUAUGUGAAGUUUUUCUUGCUAUUUCAAUAACGGAUGGUGCUGCUAAUUCUCAACAUUUCUUAAAUUAUUUUAUAUCAUACAGUUUUUAUGGAUUAUAUAUGAGUAUAUGUUAAUUCAUCUAAUAAAUCAGUGACUGUUCUCAUGUUGCUGA